CGCAAAUUCUCUUCCGUGUACGUGUUUUCGUGUUGUCGUGUUCGUGAAUUUUUAUUAUUCAAGGUUUAACAUAAUCAUCAAAAAGUUAUCAGUUGUGAAUUUGUUGGCGUAUCAACAUUAUCAGAAGGAAAGCUGACAGUUCUUCUCGUGCUUGAUAUACAUUUUGCAAACAGUAAAAUGUGUGUACUUUAUCGAAAGAUUCCGAACUCAAACUUUCAGUAAUGGCUACUGCUGCCAUGAGUUACCAAAGUUCUGGGAUAACAAGUGUUGGAUUGACAAUUCAAGAACAAAAAGAAAUAGAAAAAUAUGUUAAAUUCCUGAGCCAAAAAAUGGUACAAGUUAUUGUACAAUCAAGACUUGGGGAAAAGGUCUGCACUCCUUGCAAAGCAAAUGCAUCUCCAUCAGACUGGUUUAAUCUCGGAAUUGAAGAUAUCCCUGAAGUGGUUGUAGAAACAAAAAAAGCAUUGAAAGGACAGCUUCUCGCUAUUGGAAGUCCACCUUUAUGUGUGGAAAUAUCAUUAAAAACUGUGGAAGGUGAUUCAUUGAUCCUGGAAAAUUGGUGCCUCUCAGUCAAUGAGACUUCAGAACCAUUUAAUCGUCUUUCUUAUACUGUUUACAGUAGAAUGUCAUUGCUUUUGAAGUCCAUUAUAUCUGUCAGCAGGAUCACUCCUGCGUACAAAUUAUCAGGUCGUCAAGGAGCCGACAGUUUCGUACUAUGUUAUCGCGUAUUUUGUGGUGAACCUCAUGGAUUGGGAACAUCAACAAAAAAUUGCACGAUAGGUCAAGUGGACACACCCAUUGGCUUGUACAGUGUUUUGUUGAGCUAUCGUACUCAAUUAGCCCUGUCUCCCAAAGACGGAGCAAUGUUGGUGAAAAGUGACCACUUCGACCAUUUAACAACUGAUCAAUAUAGUCCACGGUUUUGCCGAGCAGCAGAUCGCAGAAGGGAUAAAGGAGGAGACAGCAGUGGAAGUGGAAGCGAGCCGGUAGCAUCGGAUGACAGCCAAGAAGCAUGUAGACUAUUUGUGAACUCUCCACCUGGCAAUAAAGCGCCAGACUACCAGAACGUACUGCAACAGAACCGAUUUUAUUUCGACGAUGGACCCAAGUUUGGUGCAUUUGCUGAUCCUUCCUCUGCUCGACGUAACCUGUCGUCUGAAUUCAUGCUACCAGAAUUGCCAUUACCGACGUUCAUGAAAAUCCAGAGCUUAAAAGAUGUGAAGAAGGAGCAGGAACGUGCAUCUGCUGGUGGUUCGAAUGCUGCAAUUCAAAAAGAUGUUGAAAUAACGGAUGACUCUACUCAGUUAACCACUUCCUUGGGCCCCGUCAGCAACAGUGACGAAUUCGUAAUGGUCGAGUCGCUGAAGACACCGUUCGCCGAGGGCGACUCAUCCCAUGACGUUGGUGCCUUCUUUCGUGAAUGCCAAUCGGCUCCCGUCUCAUUGCAGUCUUUUAAUCGUCCAAGUGGUAUGGCGACGCUUGAAAUCGGCUCUCAACUUGAACAAUUCGAAAAGGACCUCGAAGGCUAUGACGAUCUGGUCCAGUCAUUGGGCAUUGGGGCUGACGAAGGCGGCAAACAAUGAAUCAACAUCUGUACAAAAUGUGUACAUUCAAAUAUGGCUAAGAAAUACAAAGCUGGAACUCUC